AAAGUAGAAAGAGGGACCAAGGCACCAAGCCAAAUAGGGAAGUAGAGGAGCGUUAACGCCCACCCAGUAAAAGCCCUCUCUUCCCAAACUCACAAGAAGUGUUCUUCAACGUUCAUAUACCUUUCUAUCCUCAAAUUCAACUCUUUUCAAAUUUUAAAUAUCCAAGUUUUCAUUUUGAAGCACCAUGAACAUCUUCAAGAAGAAACCAACCGCCAAAGAGGCGCUUCGGGAAAGUAAGAGAGAGAUGGCAAAUGCCACCCGAGGUAUCGAAAAGGAAAUUUCUUCGUUGCAAGUGGAAGAAAAGAGGUUGGUUGCUGAAAUAAAAAAAACUGCAAAAACAGGCAAUGAGGCGGCGACAAAGAUUCUAGCCCGUCAGCUAGUUAGACUUAGAAAACAGAUCUCAAAUUUGCAAGGAAGUCGAGCUCAAAUGAGAGGUAUAGCGACUCAUACACAGGCAAUGCAUGCUCAAUCCUCUGUUGCUUCUGGCUUGAAGGGUGCCACCAAAGCAAUGUCAGCAAUGAAUAAGCAAAUGGCACCUGCAAAACAAAUGAAAGUGUUGCAAGAGUUUCAGAAACAGUCUGCACAAAUGGAUAUGACUACCGAAAUGAUGUCUGAUGCGAUUGACGACGCCUUAGACAAUGAUGAGGCUGAAGAGGAAACGGACGAGUUGACGAAUCAGGUGCUUGAUGAAAUUGGAGUUGAUGUUGCUUCCCAGUUAUCGACAGCUCCAAAGGGAAAAAUUGCUGGAAAGAAAACUGAAGAAGUCAGCACGUCCGGCAUUGAUGAUCUAGAAGAGAGAUUGGCUGCGCUUAGAGGUGUAUGAGCCUCUUAUUGUAACUUUGCUGUUGAUUGGUGAUUGGAAACUGAAGCUACUUGUAUCUGCCCCGGUCAGUUAUGGAUAUACCUAACGGAGUAUAUGGUGAUGGGUGAAGCUUAGUGAGCUGAUUGUUUCUUCUUGUUAGUUAUCAUUUGUAUAAUUCGUAUGCAUUUACUGACCAACAAGGUAGUUUAUCUGAGCCAUCUUUCUGAUCGAGUUCGAUAAUAUUCAACCUCUAAAAUUGUAUUCAGUGGACCAGUCUCUCUUGUAUUGUAUAUAGAAUUCGUGUAAUAUACUGCUUAUGUUCUUAACUGAAUUACUUUUUGUAAGUUAGUAUCGACCGAGUCGUUCAAAUUGAUUCUGGUCCAAAUUUAUUUCGACCUCAGUUCAGAACAGAUAUUUAUAGCCUGGUUGAUAUUCGAGUCUCGAUAAUUUUGUAUUCA